UCUGUUCUUUGUUUUACAGAAAGCUCUGGUUUUGUUUCACUUUCAGCUGGAGACUUAAAUGACACCAAGCAAAGCCUCCUUAGUUUAGAUUUCCAGAAACUAGAUGGUGAAAACGCAAGCAUGAAGUUUGCAAGUUUGUCUUGUGUCUUUCUGCUUAUCAUUUUUCAAAUUGACUGUGUACAAAAUGAUGAAAGUCCUAGGAAGCAAAGGAGGAAGAUGUAUUACAGAAGACUGAAGAAAAGUUCUUCGCCUAACCACAGGUCCAGCAGACAGCCUAGAAUUCAGCAAACAACAGUGGUGAUGCCAGCAGCGGCACUUCCCGUGGUUAACUUGCAUUCUAGCACGGAGGAGGAGUUUGAAUCCUUUUUAAGUUUUCCUGGAGUAGAAUCGAGCUACAAUGUGCUACCAGGGCGGAAGGGCCGCUGCUCGGUGAACGGGAUGACCAUGUACCACGGGGCCGCGUGGUCGCCGGAGCCCUGCACCACCUGCCUGUGCGCCUCCGGAAGGGUGCUCUGCGACCGGACCAGGUGCCCGCCUCCGCCUCCGCGGUGCCUGCGCGCCGCCACCCCCGAGGGCGAGUGCUGCCCGGUCUGCUCGGACUCCGGACAAAGAGAACCUCCGAAUUCACAUCAUCGGCAGCGGCCACCUCCUUGGGCGAACCUGGACCAAGCACUGAGAAAAGAGGAGCUUCCGGCUGAGGAGGCUGAAGGAAUGAAAGAAACUGAAGACAGGGAGCAAAAGAAAAUGAGCCCGGAGCCUGGGGACAGAGGAAGACUUCCUGGCCAGGGGCAGCGCAGCAGGGCUGAACAGAGGCCUGGAGAGGAGGGCAGGCAGGCGCGUCCCCACGGAAACACAGCCAGGGAGGUGGAGGAGGAGGAAGAGGAGAAGGAGGAGGAGGAGGAGGAGGAGGAGGAGGAGGAAACCAGAGGUGUGUUACAGGUGCUGUCCCAACUCCCAGCCGGUGCUCCUCCCAGACGCAGGCCAGCUCUGCCCAGCGGGUGCUCUCUGUCCUACAGAACCAUCAGCUGCAACGAUGCAGACCUCACCCAGAUACCACCGCUGGCAGCACCCGAGGUAACAAGCCUGGAGCUUGCUGGCAAUUCCAUCACCUCCAUUCCCGACGAAGCAUUUAAUGGACUACCGAAUUUGGAAAGGCUUGAUUUGAGCAAAAAUAGUAUCACCUCUUCAGGCAUAGGUCCAGAAGCAUUCAAGCAUUUGAAGAAGUUGGUGUACCUGAAUAUGAAUGGAAACAGCCUGGCAGAGCUUCCUCUGGAGCUGCCACCUACAUUGGAAGAACUCAAAGUCAGUGAGAACAAGCUUCGCGCUAUCGAUGAAGAACACUUGUCAGGCUUAAGUCGACUGGUUACCUUAGAACUGGAAGGAAACAAUCUCAGUGAAACCAAUCUCAAUCCUUUAGCAUUCAGACCUUUGAAGAGCUUGUCCUACCUGCGUCUGGGACGAAACAGAUUUAGAAUUAUACCACAGGGCCUUCCUGCUUCUAUCGAGGAAUUAUACCUAGAAAAUAAUCAAAUUGAAGAAAUAACUGAAAUUUGUUUCAAUCAUACCAGAAAUAUCAAUGUCAUUAUACUAUGUUACAAUAAAAUUGAAGAAAAUAGGAUUGCUCCUUUAGCCUGGAUAAACCAAGAAAAUCUCGAAUCCAUCGACCUUUCCUACAACAGGCUCUACCACGUCCCCUCCUACCUCCCCAAGUCGCUGCUGCACCUUGUGCUCCUGGGGAACAGGAUUGAGCGCAUCCCUGGCUACGUGUUUGGCCACAUGGAGCCAGGCCUGGAAUACCUGUACCUAUCAUUUAACAACCUCUCUGAUGACGGCGUGGACCGAGUCUCCUUCUAUGGGGCUUACCAUUCUCUGAGAGAGUUAUUUCUGGAUCACAAUAACUUAAAGUCUAUACCACCAGGGGUACAAGAAAUGAAAGCACUACAUUUUCUGAGGCUGAACAACAACAAGAUACGGCAUAUUCUUCCAGAACAAAUCUGCAAUGCCAAAGAAGAUGAUGAUUCGACACUGGAACAUCUUCAUCUUGAAAACAAUUAUAUUAAAACAAGAGAAAUAUCAUCCUAUGCAUUUUCAUGCAUAAGAUCAUAUUCAAGUAUUGUUCUUAAGCCACAGAAUAUAAAGUAAUUCCACAUUUCCUUUGUUAAUUAAAACCUGUAUUUAUAUAUUUACUGUAGCAGCAUUUAUCAUCAAAAAGACAUCAUGUUAUGUUACAUUCAGUAUCAUUAUGCUAGUCUACCUGAUUCAUUAAUCUAGAGAUGACCAAGCAAAAAUAUAUCUGGAAGGUUUAGUCUUCUAGGACUUUUAGCGAAGGCUUCAGUUUCACGCUCGAGAAUGAAGCACCCCCUGCAGGGCUCCCUCAGGGAGCAGGAGGCUGCACUGCCGAGCAGACUGCGAGCCUCUGGGACAAAGUAUGCGCGUCCUUGACCAGCAGCCUGUGACCAGUGCUAUCAGCGACACCUGAAGUCCAUUUACAAACUGUGUAUGUUCUGGUUCAAAGCGAGGAAGUGCACAGAAAAAAAUUACAGGUGGAAGUUAUGAAUGAGUGUUCUGUUUAUUACUCCAACAUUAAAACAAGAAUAUAUUAAUUUUCUUAAAGAACCGAUGAUACAAUUAUUGGUAUAAGUACACUUAAUUGCUGGGUUAGCUUUAGUUUCUUCUAUUAAUUACAUGUGUGAAAUUAAAACACCAUGUUAAUUUCCUGGUGUUGAUAAUUGUGCUAUGGUUAUUAAUGUGAUUAUUAAUAUUAGGGGAAGCAGGGAGAAGGAUACACAUGAAUUCCAUACUAUUUUGAAAGUUUUCUGCAAGUCUAAAAAGUGUAACGGUAUAUUAAGAUUACCGUAUUUCUUUAUUCAAGAUCAAAAGAUUUUAUGAAAAGCAAUGGAGUUUGCUUAAAAUACAUGUUCUUUAUCUUUGACUACACACUUACAGACGGAACCGCGCGCAUGAGGUUCUGGAAUCUCUGCUCCGUUGGUCACUCUUAGCGCCAUCUUCUUUGCCCUGAUUUGCUCAAGUGUAUGUAUCCUUUCACUCAGUUCAAUUUAACAUAAAACUGUCAAUAGUCACUAUAUACUGGACACUAUCAAAACCAUAUAUUAAAAUUUUCAUUAUGAAA